UGUUGUUGCGCUGCGCCAAUCAUUCAUUCAUUACCGCACCGCACCGUGCGCAGAUUCUCCAGAGUGCUUGUGCUAGUAUUUACAUAAUAUCCCAGUCCCUACCCGAAAAAGAAGCCUCAGAAUAUGCUCUCCAAGGCCCGGUUCCUGCUGUCCAACCUGUCCCCGGUUGGGCGCCUCCAGCUGCAGCAGUCAUGCCGCGCCAUGCACAUCUCCGAAGCCAACGUGCUGGCCACCGAGGUAAACCGUCAGGCGCAGGAAUAUAAGGAAAAUGACACGCAGAUGCGCGAGCUGGUUGGCGAGCUGAGGUCAAUCACCGAGAAUGUGCUGAACGGAGGUGGCCCCGAAGCGAUCAAGCGCCACACCAGCAAGGGAAAGCUUCUGGCCCGGGACCGGAUUAACCGGUUGAUCGAUCCGGGUUCGCCAUUUCUGGAAUUGAGCACUCUGGCCGGGUACGAGAUGUACGGCAAGGAUGUGGUAAAUUCCGGCGGAAUCGUUACUGGGGUAGGCCGGGUGCAAGGCGUUGAUUGUGUAAUCGUUGCCAAUGAUGCCACGGUCAAGGGCGGAAGUUACUAUCCGAUAACGGUGAAGAAGCAUCUGCGAGCCCAAGAGGUAGCCCAGGAAAACAAUCUGCCUUGCAUCUACCUGGUGGAUUCGGGCGGUGCCAAUUUGCCCCGCCAGGCGGAUGUGUUCCCCGACAAGAUGCACUUCGGGCGGAUAUUCUACAAUCAGGCAAACAUGUCGGCGCAAGGAAUUCCGCAGAUUGCCGUCGUAAUGGGUUCCUGUACCGCGGGGGGAGCUUACGUUCCGGCGAUGGCUGACGAGAGCAUUAUCGUCAAGAAGCAGGGUACGAUCUUCCUGGCGGGUCCUCCGCUGGUCAAGGCAGCCACCGGGGAAGUUGUGUCGGCCGAGGAUCUCGGUGGAGCCGACCUGCACUGCAGGACAUCCGGUGUGACCGAUCACUAUGCCGUGGACGACGAGCAUGCCCUCUAUUUGGCACGCCAGGUAGUGCAGAACCUGAAUCGCCCCAGUUCGUACGACGAGAAUGCUGGUUAUUCUACGAAAGCGAUGAUGAAUCACGAUCGCUUGAGCUUCCUGCCGGACCCGGAGCCUCCAAAGUACGACGCAAAAGAACUCUACGGCAUCGUUGGGGCCAACUUGACCCGUUCGUUCGACGUUCGCGAGGUGAUUGCCCGUAUUUUCGAUGGCAGUCGCUUCACCGAGUUCAAAAAGUUCUACGGAGAGACGAUCGUUUGCGGGUAUGCUCGACUGUACGGUCAACUGGUGGGAGUGGUGGGUAACAAUGGUGUCCUGUUCUCGGAGAGUGCCCUCAAGGGAGCCCAUUUCAUUGAGCUGUGCGCCCAGAAGAAGAUUCCGCUGAUCUUCCUGCAGAACAUUACGGGUUUCAUGGUGGGCCGGGAUGCUGAGGCUGGCGGAAUUGCCAAGAACGGUGCCAAAAUGGUGACUGCAGUGGCAUGCGCCAAUGUCCCGAAGCUGACCCUGCUUAUUGGAGGAUCGUACGGAGCCGGGAACUACGGUAUGUGCGGUCGUGCCUAUUCGCCACGGUUCCUGUAUAUGUGGCCAAACAGUCGCAUCUCGGUCAUGGGAGGAUCGCAAGCCGCAGGAGUGCUGGCGCAGAUCACCGAGGAGCAGUACAAGCGCACCGGUAAGCAGUGGACCGAGGAGAUCGGCAACAAGAUCAAGCAGCCGAUCGUGCACCAGUUCGAAAAGGAAGGAUCACCCUAUUACAGCACGGCUCGGCUGUGGGAUGAUGGAAUCAUCGAUCCGGUCGAUACGAGGAAGGUGCUCGGGUUGAGUCUGCAGGCAGCCCUGAACAAGCCUAUCGGCGAUACCAAGUUUGGUAUUUUCAGAAUGUAACUGAAAAGAAGAUACACAGGACCAGUUGUUGUCUUCCGAGGUCAGAGGAGUGCGACUAUGUAAAAGUGCAUUUAUUAGGGUGUAAGGUAGAAAAUUCCUCGAACGAUCCUAGUUUUUUUCUCGGGUAAAAUAUGGAGAUUUAUUUUAAAGAAUUUAUCAAACAGUUACUAUGACAUUUUGUAAUUAUUUACAGACUUUACCAGAUGUUGCAUUUAAUGCCAUAUGUGUUUGCUCAUAAUAGUGAUUGGAAUAAAGUUUACAAUUUUUGUAGUUUA